AUGCAACAACCAUAAACACACUGGCAUCCCUCUUCUUGUCGUUUUCUUUCUCCAACCGCCGACGCUUCUCUUCUUCCUCCACUUUCCACUCCUCUACAAACAUCCACAUAAUCCUCACCAUACACCCUCUAAUCAAAACCAAACACCUCACAUCUCAAGUUCCUCUAUAAACACAACUUCACACGUGUCAAGUAACUUAUGUCUGGAGUUAUUUAGAUAUGGUGAAAAGCACCACAGGUUAUUAUAAACCCAACCGAAAAAAAGAGAACUGGGUUGCAUAAGAGAAAGGUUCGCUUAAACGUCUCUCUCUGAACUCUGAAGUUUCUUUCUCUCUCUUCAUUCUUUUUUGCUUUGUUUCGCUAAAUAGAAGAGAGAGAAAGAAGAAAUCCAUGAACAUAUACACCUAACUAUAACUCUACUCUCGUUGUUGUUAUUGCUUCGUUUCCGAGUUUCCUUUCAUCUUUGGAACAAAUUCGAAGUUUCUUUUCUUUUUGUUAAAUUUUCCUUUUAGGUUUUGAAUAUGUUGGUAGCUAAUAGCUUCGAUCUAUGGCGAAAAGAUGCUUUCUUCUCUGCUGCCGAAGAGGUUCAGGAAUCCGCUGAUAUAAUGGAAUCCGCAUACAGGGCGUGGUUAAGAGAGAGGCGAGAAAGAUCAAAUCCUGCGGAAUUAAAGGAAUUAAGCAGGGAGCUUCAAACUGCGUUAGGUACCGCUAAAUGGCAGUUGGAAGAGUUGGAGAAAGCUGUCAGGCUAAGCUACCGACAUCUUGGUGAUGAAAAUAGAGCCACUAGGCACAGGCAGUUUAUUUCUGCCAUUGAAAGCCAAAUUUCUCAGGUUGAAGCAGCUUUGAGGGAAUCUAAUAUUGAGGAAGGUAAGCAACCCCUUCGGUGGGUGAAUCUGGACGAAGAAGAACGAGAUGAUUUUGCUGCAUUUCUAUCUGGAACGUGUGAGACCGUGCAAAACACUAGAGAUGAUUGUGUGGAUGUUUCUCCUUCUAUGAAAACCUCAAUUUUGGAGAAACAAGUCUGCAAAGAAGAUAAAAUUGUAAAUGUAAAUGCUUUUUACAGUUGGGAUAGUUCUACUAAUGAAAAAGCUUCUAUGGAUGCCGUUGCUUUUAACAAGGACAGAGAGUAUGCAAUAGAAAUAAAAGUAGAAGACAUUUCUAGAAAUAGUGAUGAUGUUGUUUCUCAAACAGAUGUGACGACUAGUACAAGGAAGACGUGGAGUCCUCCACCAAAUUAUGCCGCUUUAAGAAUUGUAGUUUCUGAUGAAGAUGAGCAGAGAAAUAAACCUUCACAGACUGUUGAUGCCACCCCUAAAGAGAAAGGAUUCAAACCUCCCUUCUGGAAACAAAAAUUUGAAGAAUAUCCUCAGGCCAUGCGAACAGUUCAUAUUUUCAAUCAGAUUUUUGGUCGCAAUGGUUUAUGCCAGAGACAAUUUCAAAGUCCAUUGCAUUUGCGACAUGGUCGUUCUCUUAAAGUUACAAUUGCUCUAAUGAUGAUCAUUUUUCUUCUUGUUCCAUUUGUAUUUUAUUCAACUUGAGAUAAACGGCUUCUUCACUCCUUCAGUUAAAGAGUUUUGCAGGGCUUUCCUUGUCCUGAUGGUGAUGGAUAAAAGGAGAUCACUAGUGGUGCUUGAGAUAUAUGCCUGUGCUGAUAAAAAGGAUCAGUCAAGGGCAACCAACCUGUCAAUGUCAUCUUGUUCUAUUUAGUGGUACUGGUUGUUACUAUUAUUAUAAGAUUAAGAUGAAUGAGAUUACUCAUACCUGUGUUAGUGUAUUGUGUGGAUGCCGACAUGAUAACCAUUACCAACCUACUUUCUACUACAAGGAUAGGAUUAGGAUAGGUGUCUGUCUACUUUAGUUUCCUGGGGCUGUUAAGUGUAUAUACAUUCAUCAUCAUAUACUAUUUUAUUUAAAGCAACUUCCACUAUAUUACUAGUAUUUGGUUGCAAAGAUAAUGCAAGCUUAAAUUGAAAGUUGUUUGUGACAA